CGCCCGGCGAGGAGCGACCCCAGACGGAACCUCUGGAGUCCCUCCGCUCCCCUUCGCCGGGUCCCGGGGCCUCGAUCCUCCCCGCCGCCCUCCUCGUGACCAUGGAGUGUCCGCACCUCAGCUCCAGCGUCUGCAUCGCUCCGGACUCAGCCAAGUUUCCCAACGGGUCCCCGUCGUCCUGGUGCUGCAGCGUGUGCCGGUCCAACAAAAGUCCCUGGGUCUGUUUGACUUGUUCAAGUGUCCACUGUGGAAGGUAUGUGAAUGGUCACGCAAAGAAACAUUAUGAAGAUGCACAAAUACCCUUAACCAACCAUAAGAAGUCAGAAAAGCAAGAAAAAAUUCAGCACACAGUGUGUAUGGAUUGCAGUAGCUACAGUACGUACUGUUAUCGCUGUGAUGAUUUUGUGGUUAAUGACACCAAGCUGGGACUGGUACAGAAAGUCAGAGAGCACUUACAGAACUUGGAAAACUCAGCUUACACAGCUGAUAGGCAUAGGAAAAGAAAACUUCUGGAAAACUCAUCAUUAAACAGCAAGUUACUAAAAGUAAAUGGAAGCACUGCUGCCAUUUGUGCCACUGGCCUUCGGAACUUGGGGAACACAUGUUUCAUGAACGCCAUCCUCCAGUCACUCAGUAACAUUGAGCAGUUUUGCUGUUAUUUCAAAGAACUGCCAGCUGUGGAGUUAAGGAAUGGGAAAACAGCAGGAAGGCGAACAUACCACACCAGGAGCCAAGGGGAUACCAGUGUGUCCCUGGUAGAAGAGUUCAGAAAGACACUCUGUGCUUUAUGGCAAGGCAGCCAGACCGCAUUUAGCCCUGAGUCCUUAUUUUAUGUUAUUUGGAAGAUUAUGCCGAAUUUUAGGGGCUACCAGCAGCAGGACGCACAUGAAUUCAUGCGCUACCUUUUGGACCACCUACACUUGGAGCUCCAGGGCGGUUUCAAUGGUGUUUCCCGCUCAGCAAUCCUGCAGGAGAAUUCCACUCUGUCUGCAAGUAGCAAAUGCUGCGUAAAUGGAGCAUCUACAGUUGUCACAGCUAUAUUCGGAGGCAUUCUCCAAAAUGAAGUUAACUGCCUCAUAUGUGGGACAGAAUCUAGAAAGUUUGAUCCGUUCCUAGACCUUUCAUUAGAUAUUCCAAGUCAGUUCAGAAGUAAGCGCUCUAAGAAUCAAGAAAAUGGGCCAGUUUGCUCAUUACGAGACUGUCUUCGAAGUUUUACUGACUUAGAAGAACUCGAUGAGACAGAGUUAUAUAUGUGCCAUAAAUGCAAAAAGAAGCAAAAGUCCACAAAAAAGUUUUGGAUUCAAAAACUACCCAAGGUGCUAUGCUUACAUCUGAAAAGAUUUCAUUGGACGGCAUAUUUAAGAAACAAAGUUGACACCUAUGUAGAAUUUCCACUGAGAGGCCUAGACAUGAAAUGCUACCUGCUAGAGCCCGAGAACAGCGACCCGGAGAACUGCCUGUACGACCUCGCCGCUGUGGUGGUGCACCACGGCUCCGGGGUCGGUUCUGGACAUUACACAGCAUAUGCAACUCACGAGGGUCGCUGGUUCCACUUCAAUGACAGCACUGUAACGCUGACGGACGAAGAGACCGUGGGGAAGGCCAAGGCCUACAUCCUUUUUUACGUGGAACGCCAGGCCAGGGCUGGAUCGGAGAAACUUUAACACCUCCUCUCAGUCGUUAUUCAUCAAUGCGGACAGCCAUUUCCAGUUUUCCAUAAAUACUUGAUCCAAGAUUUAAUGUCAUUGUGCACUUUUCAAUUUUCUAUUUGGGGUUUAAUUCAUCAAUGGUAGUGACUUACUGCACAUGGGCACCAACUAAUUUCUUGUUCUACCAGAAAACCUCAGCAGACAUUUUGAUUUGCUGCUUUAGUUGUAAUAAUUCAAUUUUUAUGUGUAGUUUCAAAAACUUAGUUCUAUUUGACUUUGUAUCCAUGUUUUCAGUUGUCACUCUGAACACACUUACACGGAGAGCAGGAAGUGGCCCCUCCCGGUCGCUGCGCUGCGGGGCUGGGGCCGGGGACUCUGGCCGGCGCCAUCCACAGCGACCUAGAAAAAGACAGCAGAGGGUGUCACAGGUCACCGCGGACUCCGCGCGUCUCUCAGGGCUGCUGUCUAUCAGCACUAACUCAAUAAACCUGUUGGCUCUGUCGCACCUGGA